UGCUGCUGAGCAAGAUGGAGCUGUCUGCAGUGGGGGAGCGAGUGUUCGCGGCCGAAUCCAUCAUCAAGCGGCGGAUCCGAAAGGGGCGCAUCGAGUACCUGGUGAAAUGGAAAGGCUGGGCCAUCAAGUACAGCACUUGGGAACCUGAAGAGAACAUCCUGGACUCCCGACUUAUUGCAGCCUUUGAGCAGAAGGAACGAGAGCGUGAGCUGUAUGGGCCCAAGAAGAGAGGACCCAAGCCUAAAACUUUCCUCCUGAAGGCUCGGGCCCAGGCGGAGGCCCUUCACAUUGGGGAUGUACACUUCUCUGUCAAGCCUGGCUCUAGCACCUCCUCACCCAAGCUGCACUCCAGCGCCGCAGUGCACCGGCUCAAGAAAGACAUCCGGCGAUGCCAUCGGAUGUCCCGGCGCCCCUUGCCCCGCCCAGACCCCCAGAACAGCGGGGGUGUGGGUGGGGGGGCUGGCAUACGUCCUCCAGUCUCGCCCUUCUCCGAGACCGUCCGCAUCAUCAACCGCAAGGUGAAGCCUCGUGAGCCCAAACGCAGCCGCAUCAUCCUCAACCUCAAGGUCAUUGACAAGGGUGGAAAGGCUGCAAGUGGAGGAGGGGGCCUGGCCCGGCCAAAGAUCCCCUCACGAAACCGUGUCAUUGGCAAGAGUAAGAAGUUCAGCGAGAGCAUCCUCCGCACCCAGAUCCGCCACAUGAAGUUCGGCACCUUCUCACUGUACAACAAGCCAUCUGCUGCACCGGCCACGUCUCUGGAGGGCAAGAUGGAGGCAGGGGGCUCACAGGGUGCCUCCUGUGCGCUGAUCAUGGGCUCCACCCCUUACGAUGCCCGCAGCUCCAGCUCCUCAGGCUGCCCCUCUCCUACCCCUCACUCCUCCUCCGACCCAGACGAUUCUCCCCCAAAGCUGCUUCCCGAGACCCUGAGCCCCGCCAUCCCUGACUGGCGCGAGUCGGAGGUCCUGGACCUGUCGAUCCCACCAGAAUCAGCGGCCACCAGCAAGCGCUCUCCCCCUGGGGGAUGUGCUGGGGGCCAGACACCCUCAUCGUCCCUCUCCUCUUCUGACCCGGAGCAGGAGGCUGGCGACUGGCGCCCCGAGAUGUCCCCCUGCUCCAACGUGGUGGUCACAGAUGUCACCAGCAAUCUCCUGACCGUCACCAUCAAGGAGUUCUGCAACGCAGAGGAUUUUGAGAAGGUGGCAGCGGGUGGAGGAGGCAGCAAGUGAGAAGUUGGCUCCCUGCUUUGGGGGGGUAGGGGAGGCUCUGCUGGAAGAAGUCAUGGUGUGAAUGGCUGUUGUUAGUUUUCUCCUACUCUCCCCCUCCCCUUCCCCGGUUCUUUUUCUUUCUGCUCGGAGACUGGGGUGGGAGUUGGAGGGCAGAGGUGUCUGAAGUUCCCAGAUGUCACAGCUGCAAGGGGUUGGGCUGGGGAAUGAUCAUUUGUCUUCAAAGAACAUGUUGUCAAACUGGUAUGGAGCCUGGGCGACAACAGGGUGUGUGUAUGUUGGGGCUGGGUGGGGAAGGAUCCCCCCCAUCUUUUCUGAAGAUAUGGGGGAGCUCCUGCUACUGGAGAGAUGGAUAAGGCAUUUGAAAGGGGCUGUGCUCCCCCCACCCUCCCCCUCUGCCCUGCACUGUGUACACACUCUUCCACUUCUCCAGUUCUUCACCCUGCCUUCUCCCAGGGCAGCUCUGACCCUCUCCUUUCUCUGUGGCAUGGGAUGGCUGUCUCUUAUGAUCCAGCUUCAGUAGCUCUGGCUGUAUCUCUGGGAGAGGGACACUGUCGG